AUGGCGGCACCACACUACCGCAAGGUCGAGCUCCAAUCCCCAGCCGAUUUCACCUAUCUAUACGCCAACACAGUCGCGCUCUCCCGGCAAAAAUUGGACCUGAAUCUUCCCCCUUCCGCAACCAACGAUGACCAGCCAGACCCGAUGCGCGAGCGCGUGCGGGAAUUGGUCGAUGAGUACAUAACCCGCACCUUCACAACAGCCUCCUCCUCAAUCAGCAUCAACGGGCUAGACUCCUCAUCACCCGCCUUCCCCUUCCCAGCAGCCUUCACCGCACCAGAGACAGUCGAGUACGAACCCUUUGACUCCGAGCUCGCCUCGCGCGUAAGCACGCUCUACGCACAACUCGAAUCUCUAACGACGACCGUCGCGCAAUUACGUCGUGAGGCGCCCAGGAAGGCGGCGAAGGUGUAUGCCGCGCAAUUGGCUGGGUUGAUUGAGGAGGAAAGUAAAGAGGACGAAGAUGAGACGGUGAUGGAGAAUGAGGAUGAGGAGACUCAAGACCGGACUGCGGAGGACGUGAACACUGACGCUGAUGCUGAUGCUAUGGACGUGGACACCCAAUCUGCAUCGGCGUCGACAUCUACGAAACGCCGUCGCUCUGCCCGUACCCGUCCCAAUCCAGCCUGGACCCUCGACAUCCCACUCGGCACAGACGAAGAAGCUGAGCGCUGGCGGAACGGUGAUAUGGCCGAGGUAUACGAGAAUGCGCUACGAACACUGCAACGAUUACAGGGUGAAGGCGAUUCCGAGGUCGGGAAGGAGGCUGGUUCUGAGGGGAAUGCGCUGGCGACGACGGUUGGUAAAGCUGAGCGGGCUGGGCGGGCGGCUGAAGUUGUGGAGAGUAUGUGA